AUGAUGUUCAUUCAGUCUCCAAUUCUGUCGGGGACUAGUUCCGAUGCUGUUUCGUGGUGUAUCCUAGUGGUGUUGGGUUGUGCCAUUCACAACGCACAUAUUGCUCGAACUCCUGUCCUGAUUUUUGCCGAUUUAUGUCCAUCGACAUUGGAAGGUGAAGAGCGCGGUACGAGAACCGAAUUCGUCAAUUAUCUCCAAGAUAUUCCCGACCAGGCAGCAAUAGUACGCCAAUACUGCAGAUACGUCAACGAGAUUAGGAACAGCAACAAUGUCAAGCAAGUGGUUGCUCGUGCCCUGCAGGUUGCCUCGUCAGCGCCCCAGGGCCCGGUGUAUCUCUACGCUGUGCGGGAGACCCUGGAGCGGGACGCCAAACCAUUGAAGCUACAGUCGAAGCUCUGGAAGCCUAUUGGACCAGCCGCGCUUCCUGAGGAAGCAGUCCGAGAGAUCUCGGGGGCAUUGAUUUCUUCUAAAACCCGUUGGUUGUGA